AUGGCUAUCAAGGUUUAUAUGACCAAUAUUGCUGGUAAUCAAUUAACAGUUGGUAAUCAACGAAAAUUAAAACAUAUUCUUGAUACAAAUAAAAUUUCUUAUAUUGAUAUUGAUGUUAGUGAUCCAAAGAAUAGUAAUGAAAAAGAAUUUUUACAACGAAUGUUAGCUGCAUCAAAUAAAAAAAUGAGUUUACCACAAAUAUUUAAUGAUGAAGAAUAUUGCUGUGAUUUUGAUGGUUUAUUAUCAGCAGUUGAAUCAUGUUCACUUAAAGAAAUAUUAAAAUUAGAUACUUAA